UAGCUUUUGGUUUUUAGUGAUGGUCGUGAAAGCAUGUAAAAGGAGCCUACGCAGUGCCUGUUGACUACAGUUCACUGAGCAAAAUAAUAAUGUGACUUACUUAUCUGACAGCAAACAGGUGAUGACGAGCAAGCGUAACUCUACAGCCUUUACUGACGCCCAAUGCGUCUCUCUGGCUCAAAAAAUUCUGCGUGAGAGACUGUGCCACCAGAGGCUGCCGGAGCAACCCUUGGGUCUGGAGUCACAGUACAGGCACUUGCUGGAGCUUUUGAGGCGUACAGCGGUUCAUGGAGAGAGUAACUCUGUUCUCAUUGUUGGGCCACGUGGAGCUGGCAAAACUAUGCUCCUGGGUUGUGUACUGAGGGAGCUCAUGAAUCUCAAGGAAGUGCAGAAGAAUGUUCUUCAAGUGGAGCUGAAUGGUCUGCUGCAGACGGAUGAUAAAAUCGCUUUGAAGGAAAUCACUCGACAGCUUCAUCUAGAGAACGUCGUAGGAGAUAAAGUCUUUGGGAGCUUUGCUGAGAAUCUGGCGUUUCUUCUAGAAGCUCUAAAGAGUGGUGAUAAGAGCCGUAGUCGUCCUGUGCUGUUCAUCUUGGAUGAGUUUGAUCUGUUCGCUCAUCAUAAGAACCAGACGCUGCUUUAUAAUCUGCUGGAUGUGUCUCAGUCUGCGCAGGCGCCCGUGGCUGUGGUGGGGCUCACCUGCAGACUGGAUGUGUUGGAGCUUCUGGAGAAGCGAGUGAAGUCGAGAUUCUCUCACAGACAGAUUCAUCUGUUAAACCCGCUCUCCUUUACGCAGUAUGUGGAGGCAGUUGGCUCUCAGCUCAGUUUACCUCAGGAUUUCCAACAUCCCAAAUUCCGCGACGAGUGGAAUCGUAGUGUCACGAAAUUAUGUGAAGAUAAAUCGGUGGAGGAGAUUUUACGGAGGCAGUUUAACUCCAGUAAAGACUUCCGGUCUCUGUACACGCUGCUGUUUCUGGCUGUAAUCCGUGUUUCUCCAUCUCAUUCGACUCUGCGUGAGUCUGAUCUCCUGGAGGCCAGUCGACUGAUCUCGGCUGAUUCUAAAGCAAAUAUCCUUCACGGUCUGUCUGUUCUGGAGUUGUGUCUGAUUAUUGCCAUGAAACAUCUCAAUGACACGUAUGAUGGAGAGCCCUUCAAUUUCCAGAUGGUUCAUAACGAGUUUACAAAGUUCAUUCAGAGAAAAUCUCACACCAUUCAUAAAUUUGAGAAGCCUGUGGUGAUGAAGGCCUUUGAGCAUCUGGUUGAGUUGGAGAUGGUGCGGGCGGUCGAUAGUGCCGCCAGUAAAGUUCAGCGCGAGUAUCAGCUGAUGAGAUUAAUGCUGGAACACGGACAGGUGAUGGAGGCCCUGCAAAAAUACCCACAAUGCCCCACAGAUGUCAAACAGUGGGCUCUGUCUGCUUUCGCGUGAGCACUGCUGAGAGAGAAAUCUAAACUAAUUCUGUACAGUCAUUUUAUAAAUUCUGUGUACAACAUUGUGUAUGGUUAUUUUUGCAAUAAAAAAUUUAAUUGAAA